CUGACAUAUCCAUCACACUCCGGUUUAUAAAAGCCUCUGUGGUACAUAGCGCUGUGUUUAGCAAGAUUUGUCAGCUCCCUGUCCUUACUAUCUGUCAGCAUGAAAGUAUUUCUUGGCUUCAGCUUUCUCCUGACUUUUCUAGACUCAGGAACCAUGCUUCAGUGUGAGGUUUGUCACAGCAUAGGAAGAAGCUGCUAUGGCCCCAUGGAAACCUGCAGUGGUGAUGCAGACACCUGUGGCAUCAUUUUGCAUGAAGUUACAAUAGGGGGGAUGGCAAUCCCUUCAUUGAUCAAGACCUGUCUGCCAUCCAGAAUUUGCCAGAUGGGCCCAGUCACCAUGAACUAUGGGAAGGUGAAAGCGAGGAGCCUCUUGGCCUGCUGUGUGGGUGAUGCCUGUCGGACAGCGUCUGUCUCAUUGCCGCCAGAGAACAACGUGCCCAAUGGAUUCCAGUGUCCUGCCUGCUACAGCGUGGAUUCUUUCCAGUGUGGUAACGAAACUGUGAACUGCACUGGAUCUGAAAGCCAGUGUGUUGACCUGGCUGGCUUAAUGAAUACAGGUGGACUGACUGUGAAAGCUGCCAUGAAGGGAUGCACCACCAUUUCUGAAUGCAAUGCUGUAGGAGACAGUAAAAACAAUCUGGGGAUGAUGGACAUUAAAAUAAAGAGGUUCCAAUGCCAACCAGCUAUUACACUGGAAAUGCUGAGUUCUGGGCUUGUCCCUUCACAAAGUCUUUUCUUCCCUGCCCUAUCAGGGUUCAUCUUGGAGAAGUUGCUUUUCUGACUCUCGCUAGGACUGGCGUAAGCAAAGCUUGUGACAGCCAGUGGUUUGCUCCUGUUUGAUGUGGUAUCUCUUGUGUGCAGAUUUUGUUUUCAGAAUAAA